AUGACUCUUUUUAGAGCACUUCUAGCGAUGUCUUUGAUCUUGUGGUCGAUGUCGUCCACUUCUGGCCGAAAUUUGUGUUUCGACCACUUUCUCGGCGCAAUCAUUGCCGCAGUCAAUCAGAUUGUGGACAAUGCAAAGGCCUCUGUGCUGGAGAUCCGAGUCCUUACUGGACACCAAUUGAAUCAGGUUUUCGAGCCAACACUUGGCGUCGAACACCUUUUGGCACGACUUUUUGCUAAUACCCGUCUCUGCAAAUUGGGUUCUGUUGGCGGCACCGAUGCAUCGGUUCGCACCUUCUCUGACGGCUCCACAUCUAAACUCUCGAAAGCCUGUCGACAGUUCCUAAUCAACCCAUCCAUGGAUAAGGAUAUGAAGAAAUGGUCGGCCGAAGGAUUGGCUUAUCUAUCGCUGAACGCAGACAUCAAAGAAGAAUUGAUUGAAGACAAAGAGGCUGUCAGUGCUUUGGUCGAGAUGUCAAGAAAUGGUGAUCUAUCGAUACUCUUCGGAGUUGUGACCACUUUUGUCAACUUAACCAACAGCUAUGAGAAACAGGAAGUAAUGCCAGAAAUGAUAGAAUUGGCCAAAUUUGCGAAACAACACGUUCCCGAAGAUCACCCCAAGGAUACCGUUGAGUACAUCAACAACAGGUGUCGAGUGUUGUGCGAAUGUCAAGUUGUGACAGCUUUGGUAGCGUUGAGUAAAUCCCAGAGCAAAACAAGCCGUGAAAUGAUUGCCCGCGUUUUUAACGCCAUUUGCGAACUCCAAGAACUGCGCGGAUAUGUUGUACAACAGGGAGGGGUUAAGGCGUUGCUUAAGUUAGCGCUCGAGAAUAACACCCAAAACGGGAAAUACAUAUCGAGCCAAGCGUUGGCCAGAAUUGGUAUUACUAUUAACCCCGAAGUCUCGUUUCCCGGCCAGAGGUGUCUGGAAGUGGUUCGGCCUUUAGUUAAUAUCUUACACCCGGACUGUUCCGCUUUGCAGAACUUUGAGUCGCUCAUGGCUUUGACGAACUUAGCACAAGUCAGUCCUAGUGUGAGGACUAGUAUUAUUAAAGACAACGGCUUUUCGCGAAUCGAGAAUUACAUGUAUGAGGAGCACCCAAUGCUCAAACGCGCGGCCACUCAGUGUCUGCUAAACCUGUUCCUCAGCGAAGACACGGCCAAACUGUUUGAGGGCGACACCGAUCGCGUCAAGUAUUUGAUGGUUCUGUGCGAUGACGAAGACAUGGAUACUGUGAAAGCAGCCUCCGGUGCCUUAGCUAUGCUGACGGGUAUUAGCAAAAAGUCGUGCCAAAAGGUGUUCGACGCCAAGUGUUGGCUCGAAAACCUGAUUCAAUUGGUGUCCAGUAAGGACUCGGAUCUCCAACACAGAGGCCUUUGCAUUGUCCACAAUCUGAUUGAUUGCGGCAAUGAUUGCGCCGAGAAAGUGGUCGAAACACAAAUUCUAGAAAUACUUGUAGCCAUCACUCGGCCAGAAGUGGACGACAUCGACCACAAGAUCAAAGACAUCGCUAGAAGUGCUCUAAAAAGAGCUGAAGAGCAAAAACUCAUUAAAAACAUUGAGAAUUUAAAUACCGAGUGA